AUGGAGACAAGACCCCACGGCUCAGUGCUGCUGCUGAUCUGUCUCACCAUUGGAGGGCCGUUCACCAGAGCUGGACAAGUCAUCCAAGUCAAGGAAGGACAAGAUCUACAAUUCAACUGUUACUUUCAGGAAGACUCGUUCGUAAGGAUAUUCUGUAAAAAUCAUUGUGAGGAGUCGGGCGAACAUUUGAUAAGAACUUACUCCUUCGAAGACUGGGCCAGCGAGGGCAGAUACCGGCUGGAGUGGGAGAAGGAGUCUUCAUCCCACUAUGUGAUGCGGGUUUUCAUCCAAAACAUGCAAAAGUCUGACACUGGGUCCUACAGCUGUUUACUGUACGACUGGACAAUGGACAUGACAGUUCCUGUUCCUACAAUCAGGGAUGUCGAGAUUUAUGUCAUCAGUGCUGAUAGUUCUGGAUCUGAUGCAGUGAUUUCAAAGCCCUCCAGUGAAUCCAAACAGGGCUCAAAAGGAGAACAGUACAGCGUGAGGGAGGGAGGCUCUGUCCUGGUCCAGUGUGUCUUCAACACCUCCGGGACCAGGAGGAUGUUCUGCAGACCGGACCAGGUGACAGAUAACAGACGUGACCAGCAGACAGAGAACAGACGUGACCAGCAGACAGAGAACAGACGUGACCAGGUGAGAGAGAACAGACGUGACCAGGUGACAGAGAACAGACGUGACCAGGUGACAGAGAACAGACGUGACCAGGUGACAGAGAACAGACGUGACCAGGUGACAGAGAACAGACGUGACCAGGUGAGAGAGAACAGACGUGACCAGGUUACGGAGAACAGACGUGAUCAGGUGACAGAGAGCAGACGUGACCAGGUGACAGAGAACAGACGUGACCAGGUGACAGAGAACAGACGUGACCAGGUGACAGAGAACAGACGUGACCAGGUGACAGAGAACAGACGUGACCAGGUGACAGAGAACAGACGUGACCAUGUGGCAGAGAACAGACGUGACCAUGUGGCAGAGGGCAGCUGUGGCCAUGUCUUGGUGGAGACUGGCAGCUAUCACAAAAACGGUGACAGAUACAGCCUCAAGUACAAGAAAGGAUCCAAAAGCUCCUACUUCCUGGAUGUUACCAUAAAGGACGUGCGCAGUGGGGACUCUGGGCGGUACCUGUGUGUGCUGGAGAAGGCCGGGCGUCAAGAGAGCGUUCCCGUCUAUAUUCAAGUUUUACUAGCCGAGGCCUCCACAGACUCGGGCCUCACUUCUCCCAAGGCUCCGCACCAGAACCAGACGCCUCUGCUUUAUGUUGUUGUGGGUCUGAGUUUUGCAGCUGCCGUUGUUUUCUCAGUGACUUCUUCAGUUCUGUGCAGCCGCAGGAGAAUCGGCCGCUCCACAGACACUGCUGAGGCCGCAGACCCAGAGUGCAGAGUCUAUGAAGAGAUUCCCUGUGACAGCGGACAGAGCACAGCGCCCCCUGCAGCCUCCGCAGAGAGCAGCACGUACAGUCUGUGCUCUGCUCCCUCUGCAGCUCCACAGACUGAGGUCAUGUGUGCAACAGUCUCAUACUCUGAAGUGGAUCUAUCUUCAUGCAACAGCGCCCCCCGGUGUCCACCUGAAGACCACGUUCUGUACUCCACAGCGCGUGACCAGGAAAGUGUGAGGAGAGUUUUAAGGAACAGGAAACGUGAGUCUGCAUCCGUCAGCGAUUUACCUCACGAGACAAAGACACACAACAGACUGGACACAGACUGGACACAGACUGGACACAGACUGGACACAGACUGGACACAGACUGGACACAGACUGGACACAGACAUGAGAGUCCAGGCCGUCACGCUGCUGCUGCUGCUGCUCGUCCUCAGCUGUGGCCCUUGCACCAGAGCGGCCAAAGUGAUCGAGGCCGGAGAGGGAGAAGACCUUGAGUUCAAAUGCUCCUUCUACGCCUCGGGACGGUGGAAGAUGUUCUGCAGGAACCGCUGUGAGCUGGUGGAAGAUUACUUGGUGCUGUCCCAUGUGGACGUGGAGCAGAACGGCAGGUUCAAGAUCGAGUUCCAGAAGCGGCUAACGUUCCCCAACACGCUCUACGUUAGCAUCCGGGACGUGCGGCGCUCCGACGCCGGAUCCUACAGCUGCGGUCUGGCCAAGUGGGAGGACCGGAGCGUCAUUGAGAGCCACCUGCAGGACGUCAUCAUCUAUGUCACGAGCGGGAGCUCGGAAGACACCAGAGCAGUCCCCAUCUCCAGUGCAUCGCAGAAGAGCCACAGCACCUCCUCAGGUGUGGGGCUGAGUGUAGGAGUGACCGUGGGGGUUCUGCUGGUCCUGACCCUGAUCCUCACCCUUCUGUAUUGGAAGAGGAGAACCAGCACAGCCACAGGGCCUCUGCAGAGUCCAGGGCCGUCUCACAUCCUGCAGGUCGCAGACGGCUCCAGUUUCCCAUUGAAAUGA